AUGGCACCCAAAAUCGACCCUCAGAACCUCAGAGAGACAUUUGGGCGCUUCCGAGUUCUGAUCGUAGGAAGAGCGAACGCAGGCAAAACUACAAUUCUUCAGAAGGUCUGCAACACCACGGAAAAGCCAGAGAUUUACGAUGCCAAAGGACGCAAGGUGUGGCUCGAGAUCGAUGCUCAGCGUGGAAAUCAUGAGAUCACAAACGAAAUGGUGUUCAAAAGCAAUUCUGGUUUUGUCUUUCACGACUCGUGCGGUUUCGAAGCGGGCUCUGUAGAAGAAUUCGAGGAGAUGAAGAGAUUUAUCUCAGAACGUGCAAAUGCAACGAAAUUGGAGGAGCGACUGCAUGCUAUUUGGUAUUGUAUUCCGAUGGAUGACCAUUGUCGAACAUUCCAGCGGUCAGAGGAGAAGUUCUUCUCCGAGUGCAAUACUGGGAAUGUUCCCAUAAUUGCAGUAUUCACAAAAUUUGAAGCUCUCUGUCCAGUGGCAUUUGGAGAACUGGAGGACGAGUUCAUUGGGCUAUCAAGUGAAGAGUGCCUGAAGAGGAUUGCCCAUCGUGUCGAAGAAUUGUUCAAGAAUACACAGGUCUUGGAUCGGUUAUGUGACAUUAAUAACCUUGCCCAUCCUAAGGGCUAUGUACGGUUGGAGAAUAUGAACCAGCCAAACACAAACUGUGACACAUUGGUAGAAUGCACGACUUUUGCAUUGGAUGACAAAGAAUUACGGUUGUACCUGGUUUCAACACAACAGUCAAACCUGGAACUUUGUAUCAAGUGUGCUGUUGGGGUGCUUGUUAAUCAUGCACAUUGGCAAUUGUUACCACGUCCAACAGAUCAUGAAGCAUACCAGUUGGACCUUGCUAAGUGGUUUUUGCAUCUUUAUUUGACUGAACGAUCUGUAACUGCCUUGGUGGUUCCUCGACAAAUGCCUAAUAAUCAUGGUGUAUGUUAUUCCCUUCUUGUUAUGCACCAUUGGUACACUGACACACCCAAUUUCAUUGAUUUUAUACAGCUUUUUAAUACUCUCACCUGGAGAGGAGAGUUUUUGUCUAUUCUUCAGCCUUUGGCUCGCAAUGGAACAUGGUUCACCACUGCGAACGGAAUCCUUCGGAUUGGCAUUGCAGCUACCAUUUUGGUCCUCGAAUAUUCCGCCUUCCUCCGGCAUGACUCGGACGAUGAACUGGGGUUCAUGAAGUCUGCCGUGGACCAUUACGUGAAAUCUCCUACGGCUAUCGCUGUGGAGAAAGUCGCGAGGGAAAUUACUGAUCGAGGCUAUAAGAAAGAGGAGCUGAAGACGAAGAUUCUCGAGUUCAUCCUUGAAAAUCGCAUGUCGAAGGAACUGCUCACAAAGAAGUAGACGGCGCUCGGGCCAAGUGUCCUGCUUUUGAUGCUUCUCCCAUGCUAUGUGCUCAUGUUGUGUACGAUACCGAGCACGCCAGCUUCAACUGCUGAGUACUGUUUCCUGCUUUCAAAUUUUCAAUGCUCCUUCCCAUACUGUUAUGUACUAUACCGACCACUUCAGCUGCAACUGCUAAGUGCUGCAGGCUGUAUCGGGUUUCAAUACCCUUCUUUUGGAUUUCAUUAUAUCGUGUUCUGUUUUGUACAAUGUAGACCCGGGCUCGUCAAGUGAUCACCGUUUAUUCUUACUUCUAGGGGCGACUAGACCGCGAACUUCAGCAUAGGUUCAGUAUUCUUCGACGCUAAGACGGACCGGCAUGACGACGGACGCGACUAACGCUGUCAAUACCCGCCACGUGGGGGAAUCAAGUCAUGAACAUGAAGGUUUGGGGAGGCACGGUGAACUUAGAACA